CCAAAGAGUGGUUUUCCUUUGAGGUGGAAAGAGCCCUUGGUAUAGCAAAUAGGACCUGCUUUUUAAAAAAUCCUUUUUCCUAAGGUCAGUGGGGUCUCUUUAACAUGUUGCAUCAUGUUAAAAUGUCGUGACCAAAGUGAUCUGCUUUGAAUAUGCUUUGCCUCUAGAUUUCAGAGAGCAGACGGGAGAUAGCAAUGGAGAAAAAAGUCUUAAAUCCAGAGCUGGAAGAAGGACCAGAAGGAGCUGGAAAACUCCCCUGUGCGAUCCAGCCUCAGUAUCUGCCUGAGCAAGCAGGAUGGGGAGCAUUUGAGAGGAACGGGAGGGGCCCAUUCAUUGGAAUGGAGGAGCGCUGGGAAACGCAGUGGCAGCACUUCCUCCAGACACUGCAACCCAUCCACCCAGGAGAGGGGAAGCCCAAGAUGGCGGAGGCUUCUCCCUGGGAAGACCCCAAGGCCUUCCUGGCCUCCUUUGAGCAGGUGGCCACAGCCUGCCGCUGGCCCAGAGAACAGUGGGUGGCCUGUCUCCUGCCGGCCCUGAGCGGAGAAGCAGAGGAGGCCUUUCGAAAGCUGGAAAUCGGAGAACGGGAUGACUACGGGAAGGUGAAGGCCGCCAUCUUGCGAGGGGAAGCUGUGAAAAUGGAGGCGCAGCAUCAACGCUUCAGGCAGUUCUGCUGCCAGGAGGUGGGAGACCCACAGAGGGUUCAAAGCCAACUCCAGGAGCUUUGCCGCCAAUGGCUGAAGCCACAGAGACGCUCCAAGGAGCAGAUCCUGGAGCUCUUGAUCCUGGAGCAGUUCCUGGCCAGCCUGCCUCCAAAGCUGCGGAGCUGGGUUCAAGUUAGAGGACCUGAGACAUGCUCCCAGGCGGUGGCCCUGGUGGAGGACUUCCUGAGGAGCCAGCAAGAGGCCAAAUCAGGGUCAUAUCAGGGCCCAAUGAAUGAAGACCAUGUCGAUUUCUUAUAUUCAGAGAAAGAGACCUUGGAGGCUGUGAAGAGGGAAAACGUUGAAGUGGAUAUCAGCAUGCUGGGACAUGCAAUCAAAUCCUCAAGGCACCCCAGCCCACUACUUCCUUCCGAAAGAUUUGGGACGGUCCAAACUGCUCUGAGAGAGGAAUUCACGGAUCUCAAGGAAACGGAUGUGAGUUUGCAGGCAGCCAAGUGGAAGCUGACACAGCCCACUCAGCAGACUGUCACCUGGCACGUCCUGCAGGAAGAACGUGAAAACGGUGGUGGUUUAGGUAAGGAGGAAAAUGCACUAGUUCAGCUAACCCAGCAAAGGAUCCAGUUUUCCUUUGGGAGGCGAAUAGGAACUUGA